AUGACUUUACAUUGCGGGCCAUCGUUUGCUGUGUACAAGGCGACUACUCUUCCAUCCACACUUCCAUCUACCCUUGCUCGGGACUUCAACAACGCUAACAACAAUAACAACAAUGAGGCUAUUCACGAAAGGAAGUCAAUCCAGUCGCUGAUCGACAGCUCCAAAAAGCCCCCGUACCCGCGAAUUGACACUGUCCUCACCAACUUCUUCCCCGAAGAGUACGGUGAGGGCUUCUACGGAAUGGAGUUGUUACAUGGACUGAUCUAUAUCCACGAAGGUCUGAAUGUCAGUCAUGGUCACUUGCAUUGUGGUGGAAUCUAUCUCAGUGACGAAGGUGAAAUCAAGAUUGGCGAUGUAGGAAAGAGCAUGACUGAGAAAGGAAAGGCGAAAGAUAUUUCUGGCGAUGUGCAAGCGGUUUUCCGGAUGGCCAGUCAGUUGCUGAGUCUCGACAGGAGCACAGAUACGACCAGCAUGUCAUGGAUCAUAGCAAAGAACUUUGUCACCCUGCCGAGUACGGUUGAUCCCCGAACACUUCUCAAGUUACAGAACAUCACCUACCAACACCGAACGGGUACGCAAAUUGACAAGAUUGUUGAAAACGCCAUCAAAUGGGAUUUCUUACCGCACAAGACAGUGCAUACAGCACCAAACGGGAUUUCUUACCGCUCAAGACGGCACAUACAGCACCAAACGGGAUUUCUUACCGCUCAAGACAGUGCAUCCAUUACCGAUGGUCCUUCUCUGUUUAAGCAAGUAUAUGAUGGCCUUGCCCCAGGCGGAUGGUUCGAGCUUCAAGAUUUUGCAUUUCCCGUCCGGUCCGACGACGGUACCAUGAAUGGGACGUCCUUUGAAGAACUAAACGAAAAUCUAGUAAAAGCUCUCAGCAUCUUAGGCAAAGACCCCGCGCUGGCCGAAAAGUACAAAGCGCUUAUGGUCAGUGUCGGGUUUAAGAAUGUCGUCGAAAUCAAGUAUAAGUGGCCACAGAAUCAGUGGCCAAAGGACAAGUUUUUCAAACAACUGGGGUUGUGGAAUAUGGUCAACACUUUGGACGGGCUGUAUGGGUUCUCGGCAAGGCUGUGCACACAGGUCUUGGGUAUGUCGGUGGAGGAACUGGAGCUGCUGUUGAUGGCUUGCCGGAAUGAUAUCAAGAACACCAAGAUGCAUGCUUACUGGCCGGUGUAA